ACCUCUGCAACAUCACCAUCAUCACCCUCUUUUCUCUCUCUCUCUCUAAAACCCUUCACUUUCUCUCUCUAAACCCACCACCAUUUCCAACAUGCUAUCAAGAACCAAUAGUGUCAUCUGGAUGGAUGAUGAUACUCAUGAUGAAACACAACAUCAAACAAACAACAACAACAAUUCAAUGCUUGAACUUGAACAAAACAACAACAAUUGGUUCUUGCAAUCCUGUAACAUUGAUCCGAACCCGGUCCACCCUGUUCAGUUCUUCUUGCCACCCAAACCCGAUUCCAUUUCUUCGGUUUUCAACUCGAUUUCGAACAAUUCGUUAACCGAAACCCUUGAUUUUGAUUAUGGGAAUGGGUUUGGAAAUAAUGGUGUACCCGGGUUUUAUGAUUUCGGGUCACAAUCACAAACUGGUGCAUCGAAUUUGCCCGAAACAGGGUUCGGGUCAGCCGGGUACCCGUUUUCGGAAAACGGGUCACCCGGAAGGCCCAAAUUGCUUAAACCGUUGGAGAAUUUUGCUCCUACCGGAGCACCUCCAACUUUGUUCCAAAAAAGGGCUGCUUUGAGAAGAAAUUUUGGUGACGUCAGCGCCGCCGUGGACGGCGGGGUGAAUGAGAAGAAGAGGAAGAGUUGGGAUGGUGUUGAUGAUCUGAGUUUCGAUGGGUCGGGUUUGAAUUAUGAUUCGGAUGAGUUUACGGUGGAUGGUUUUGAAGAGAGUGGGAUUAAGAUUGGUGGUGGGGAUGGUUCUGUUGGUGAUAGUACGGUUACGGCGGCCGGUGGUGGCGGUGGGAGUGGUUAUAAAGGGAAGAAAAAAGGGCCGCCGGCGAAGAAUUUGAUGGCGGAGAGACGCCGGAGAAAAAAGUUGAAUGACCGGCUUUAUAUGUUGAGGUCUGUUGUGCCCAAAAUUAGCAAGAUGGACAGAGCUUCAAUUCUAGGAGAUGCAAUAGAGUAUCUAAAAGAGCUUCUUCAAAAGAUCAAUGACUUAAACCAUGAACUUGAAGCAACCCCAACAAGCUCAACUUUAACAACACCAACGGCCGCCACCUCCAUGGCAGCCGGUUUCUACCCGCUAACCCCAACUCCCACCGGUCUCCCGUCAAGAAUCAAAGAAGAACUUUGCCCCACUGCAAUCCCCAGCCCAACCGGACAGCCUGCAAGAGUUGAAGUGAGGCAGAGAGAAGGAAGAGCAGUGAACAUACACAUGUUCUGUAGUAGAAGGCCUGGUUUGCUGUUGUCAACCAUAAGGGCCAUUGAUGGUCUUGGGUUAGAUAUUCAGCAAGCUGUUAUAAGUUGCUUCAAUGGCUUUGCUCUUGAUGUUUUUCGAGCCGAGCAAUGCAAAGAAGGUCAAGAUGUUCAUCCUGAUGAGGUUAGAGCCGUGCUGCUCGAGUCUGCGGGUUACCAUGGUGUCGCUUAAGUCGAGUAUAGAAGCGGUUUAGUCAUUGGUGGUUUGGUUCUUAGGUAUGGUCGAGUAGGUAGUGAAUUGGCUGAAGGGUUUUGGAAUUUGGUUUUACAGAAUUAUUGUUAUUUAAAAUUUUAUAUAUUCAGUCACAAUUGAUAUGUUGAUUAACAUUUGUGGUUAAUUAAUUAUCGUGCCCAAAAGAUCUUUAAUUUAA